UAAGUAAAAUUACUUUUAUUCUAACUUUUCAUAAAUAAUAUCGACGAUGAAAAUUGUCCUUCGUAUUUCGUGUCUCGUCCCCUGGCUCUUUGUUUUCGUUUAAAAAUCAAUUUUGUUUAGCAAGUUUGUCGAAGUUGUGACCUUGAGUGCAUAGAGUUUAACGUGAAGUUAGCAACAAGCGGCGCAUAAGCCGACUGCGUAACCAUUUUAACGGUCAUUCUAGUCACGCCGCUCGCUGGGUGUAGAAGUGUUGAGUGAAUGGAGUCUCUCCUCUGGAAAAAUGGCGUCUAGAAAAAAAAUGACGCGUGAAGAACGACUCGAAAAAAAAAGAAUAGCAGAACGAUUACGAUACCAAAAAAUUAAAAAUGACAAAGAUAAGUACGCUCAACAAAAAGUCAAGGAAAGGGAAAAAUAUGAAAAGAAGAAAGAAAAAGGAGUUAUUAAGACAGUCAAUCAAAUGACCCCCAGAGAGCAGCGGAAGGCUAGAAAAGUUUGGAGAGAGAAAGCAAAAAUUCGUAGACGUCGUUUAGCACUCCAAGAUUUAAGCAAUGCUCCUGAAACUCCACCAUGUUCAGAUAAUGAAGACCCGCCGCAGCCCCCUCAAAAUAUAAAUAGGCGAGCGCAGGCAGCACAGCAAAAAUCAAUUCGAGCAAGAAAAGCAAGAAACCUGAUAAUAAGAAAACAAGAGGCUGAAAUAGCUCGACUUAAGUCUGCAGUCCAACGUUACAAGAAGCAAAUACAACGGAUCAAAAAACCACCAAUUAUCACACCCAACACUAAAGUAAAUUUACUUACAUCAGCAGUAAGUGCAGCUGACAAAGAAACCAUAAAGAAGAAACUGCUUUUCAGUGAAGUUAUUACUCAACAACUUAAUGAAAAUUUUUCAAAUAUCGACACUGCCCAAGAAAAAAGAGUCUUCAGAAGAGUGUUAAGUGGGAAAAUAGUAAAAAAAUACAAUGUGUUACCGGAAGAAAUGAAAAUAAAACCUUUGAGUAAAAUAGACAACAAAUUAAAACUGAUGGAUACAAAGCGCAGCUCAAAAAAACACAGUCUGAAUUUGAAAACCUGCAUAGUUAAAUUUAUGGAAGAUGAUUCGAGCAGUAGACUUUGUGCAGGUAAAAAAGACUUUAUAAAGAAGAUGGGCGAGCGUAAGCAAAAGCGAGUUAUGCUAGAUACGUUAUUCAACUUGCACAAACGUUUUCUGGAAAAGACACACAUUCAAAUAUCUUAUUCAGUGUUCUGCAAACUCCGACCAUUUUGGGUCGUCCAACCACGCUGUGACAGUCGUAACACUUGCAUGUGUGUUAUACAUAGCAAUAUAGAUUUAAUGCUGAAAUCACUUUACAACGCUAAAAUAAUAUCUGUCUCGAAUUACGUGGACCUUCUAAACCAAGUUUGCUGCAACAGAUUCAACGAAAAAUGUUUAUUCCGCGAGUGUAAGAUGUGUUUAAACAAAGGUCUUCAUUAUAAAGAAUUCGAUAACUCUAUUCAACUAUUUUACAGCAAGUGGCAAAGUGUACGCCAAGAUAUCGUGGAUUUAAAAACUCGAAAACCUCGAACUGUAACGAAAUGCGUUAAAAGCUCACUACAGAUUCUACCAAGGGACUUGAUUUUGGAUUUGGAAUCAAAGAUGGCUAAGUUUUUGAAUCACGAACGAAACAUAGUGCACCAACAUCAAACUAUAAAAACAAAAAAGAGUCCCUUACUGAGUCAGAAGCUCUUAUACACGUGGAUUUCAGUGAAAACUACCUAACAAAAUACGCUGAAGAAGUACAAUCCUUUCAUUUCGGAGGAUCGAGACAACAAAUAAGUAUGCACACUGUUGUAGUCUAUACUAAAGAAGUCGAGCAAGAGCUAAAAAGCCAAUGUUACUGCACAUUAUCACAAAAUUUAUCGCACUCACCUCCUGCAAUUUGGGCGCAUUUACAGCCCAUACUGGACUGUCUGCCGGCUACUGUUACAACUUUACAUUUCUUGAGCGAUGGGCCAGUCACCCAAUAUCGUAAUAAAAUGAUGUUCAAAGUUUUGGCUACGAUGCUAGUAGAUUUCUACUCUAAUCUUGAAAAUUUCACUUGGAAUUUUCAUGAAGCAGGACACGGUAAGGGAGCUCCUGACGGAGUGGGAGCUACUUGCAAGAGAACUGCAGAUAGAUUAGUUGCGAGUGGCACCGAUAUUUCAUCAAUAGAUGACCUAGCUAAAGCCCUUGAGAAAAGCUGCCCGAAUAUUAAAAUUUUUACCGUAGAUGAUGCAAACAUAUCUGAAAAAACAGCAAAAUUAGGUUCUACUGAAGGUUUAAAGACUUUUUCAGGCACACUAAAGGUUCACCAGGUCACUGGUUGCGUUCUUAUACCUAAUUGCCUGAUAAUGAAAAGUUUGAGCUGCUUCUGUGACUCAGAGUUAUGUCGUCAUUUUCAUUUGGGUACUUUGGAUUAUCGACAAACACAACUUCGUCUACGUGUUGAUGAUAUUUACGGAGCUAGCGAUUCAGAAGAUGAACCACUAAUCAAUUUCGCAUCUCAAGAACGCAGGAAGAAGCUUCAAGAAACACUACAGCAUUCUGUGCCUGCCAGUAUUAAAAGCAAACUGCACAAAGAUAAUUUAAAGCCCUCAACAUCUGGAAAGGAAACAUUCUGCAACGGUGAUUUUCUGCUGGUUAAACUGCAAGAUAGGAAAACAGAAUAUCGUUAUGUUGCAAUGUGCACAGGUGUUGAAGAAGAUGAUGAACUUCAAGUUAAAUUUUGUAAAAUCGUUGAUGAAACCGGAAAAAAGUUCAGAAUUAAUGAUGAAGAUAUUUCUUUCAUCACCUGGGAUCAAGUUUUUAAAAAACUUCCCGCCCCAAACUUAAAAAUGAGGGGGCAACGUAUUUUUUAUUCAUUUAAUGAAUCUAUUGAUGUCUUUGAACGCGGAUUUUAAAAUUUUAAUAUUUCUAAUUACCUUUUAA